UAAGCCUGGCGUUCCGCCCCGCCCACUCACGAAUUGGCCUGACUUCUUUGCAAACCCUUUGAGGAGUGAAAUGGGCAGCCGGCUCUUCAAACUCCCUCUGGAGAGGGAACUCAAGCUGCCGACGGGAUUCUCGAAAGGGAGGGUGUAUAGGAAAGGAAGGCGCAUAUGUUGGGCACUGUCUCUGAUCUCUAAGCUCAGUUUCCCCCAGUCAGCCACCGUAGGCCCCGCAACCCGCAGUGUACUUUCUUACGACCCUUCCUUCUAUCGGUAGCUCCGCGCUUGCUCACCAACUUGCCUGCCUUGCGCACCCACCCCUCCUUCCAUUUCUUCUCCCCCGCAGCAGCCUCCGCGGGCUGCGACUGCGCAUGCGUACUGACGCCCCACACCGGCCUCGAAAGGGAGGAGAGGAUGGAAAUGAGGCUGAGCCGAGCAGCUCACGCGCGCUCCCUCCCCUCCCGUCGCUAGGCACGCGGCCGGCGGUGCAGCUUUGCCACGUCCGAGGGCACCGCUGCAGCUGGGGCGGCCGCGGCGGGAGGGGCCUGGAGCCCCGCCCCCGGGGAGGGGCCUUCUGCAGGUUUCCCCUCUACCCUCCACGCUGGGAAUGAAAUUUAGCAACGAGAAGGAAGCAGUUCACGCGGCGUCGACGGACUGAGACUAAACCAAGACUCGGUUUUACAGCCCUAUCCCCAUCAGCCUGGUAAUCACCCGCAUUGCCUACCUCUCUCUGGGUUCCCGGACCAGCAAGAUGCUGGAACGAGAUGCAGAGUCUGCCGCCGGGGACACCGAUCCUAGUCCCACUGGCAAGGAACCAGUAACCAAGGGAGAAGCUCCCCCCCAGGGCUCAACGCAGAAGCCCAGCCAGUCGGUUCCAGGGCCUGCCUCGUCCGUGGGGGUGCCUUCCCGACCCCGUCAGCGGCCCCCACCCCAGCGCCCACACCGCUGCCCCGACUGUGACAAGGCCUUCUCCUACCCGUCCAAGCUGGCCACGCACCGGCUAGCACACGGUGGCACCCGGCCUCAUCCGUGUCCUGACUGCCCCAAGGCCUUCUCCUAUCCCUCCAAGCUGGCAGCCCACCGCCUCACACACAGUGGCGCCCGCCCACACCCGUGUCCACACUGCCCCAAAGCCUUUGGCCACCGCUCCAAGCUGGCAGCCCACCUCUGGACCCAUGCACCCGCCCGCCCCUACCCGUGCCCCGACUGCCCCAAGUCCUUCUGCUACCCCUCCAAGCUUGCAGCCCACCGCCACACGCACCAUGCCACCGACGCACGCCCCUAUCCAUGCCCGCACUGCCCCAAGGCUUUUUCAUUCCCCUCCAAACUGGCCGCCCACCGCCUCUGUCACGAUCCCCCGACGGCACCGGGCAGCCAGGCCACAGCCCGGCAUCACUGCUCCAGCUGCGACCAGGCCUUUGGCCAAAGACGCCUCCUGCUCCUUCACCAGCGCAGCCACCACCAGGCUGAGAGCCAGGGGGAGCGCGAGUGAGUCCUCCCCUCGGCUCAUGGCCCCCUCUGCCACCAGCUGGGGUCAGUGAAGAGGUGGCAUUUUUAAGCUGGGCUGUAAGGACUUGCCUUGAGCAGACAGCUGUCAGGGAGACUGACUCCACACUGGGUUCCAGCCCAGAAGGCUUAGGAACAAUUUGCUCACCUGUUUGGGGGGAGGGGAAGGGGUCAUCCACAGAGACUUAACGCUGGGCCCCAAACCACAGGCUUGGAGCUGUGGUUUGAAAGCAAGCCCUGACUCUGGUUCUUCCCUCCAUUUAUAAGGCGAAAGUAAGAAGUCUGCUAGCAUCGUUGGUUGCUGAGGAAUGUGGGGAAACGGGGUCUCUCCUUAUUGUAAGUUAAAUCGGUGCCUCCAUUUUGGCCAUUUGUCCAUAAAAAAUUUAAAACGCUCACAUACUCGUGUCAACUAUUCCAC